AUGCAAAAUAUUGAUAUAUUCAGCACUAAGAAUAGAAAAUCAGAUGUAAGUGAUGUAAGUGCUUUUCAGUCUACAAAUCAUAAGACUAUGUUACUUGAAAUGUCAUUACCAAAAAUUAAUAUAAUUGUGCAUUCAUUUGAACCUAAAUUGAAGAAUUUGAUUAAAGCAGAUGGAGAUUAAACAGAUGUAAAUCCUGAAACAGAAAGACUUUCUAAAGCAUAGAAACAAAGAUUAGAUAUGUUCAAAAAUGAAAUUGUUAAAGGUUAGAAAACUCACAAGAUUACAUUUAGAGAUCAAAUAUCUGGAUAAUCUCUACAUUAAAUUAAGUACUUUUAUAAAGAACCUGAAGAAGAUCUUGAUGAAUGUUGUCCUUGCAAUAUUUUUUGA